AUGUGGUCGAUGGGCCUGCAUCGGGGAAGUCUUUCCAGCUGGAUUUGGAAAAGAAGACGGUCGAACUUGUCAAGCAAUUCUUGCCUUCACCUUACACUGGCCCCAGCUUCUACCCAGAUGUAUGACUCCGAAGUCGUUAUUGGCUAUGGCAGUCGACCCUGGCAGACAGUCCACGAUGUAACAACGCAACAGUUGCUCUUCUCCGCCGUCAUUGGCCCUCACGAUCCAGCGCAAUGGCUUGGCGGGAUCGCCAACUACCGCGUCCAUCAAACAAAUACACGAGAAUUUGUCGGCCGACCACGCACAAAACCUUCGGUCGUUAUCGACAACGAUGAGGGUGAGAUUUUGGUGUAUGUUUCAUGGAAUCGCGUGACGCAGGUGGCAUGGUAUGAGCUGCGGACGGGACAUUCAGAAGGGGCUAUGGAGAAUGUGCUGAGGACAGUGAAGAAAAGCGGGUUUGAAACUGUGAUUAGCGGGGAGGGGAGCAAGGAAUACGUCCAGGUCGUGGCGCUCGCGAAUGAUCGAAAAGUUCUUGGGUCCAGCGACAUUGUGCAGAUCAAGUUGACCCUGGAAUUUGUGGCCCAGACAUUCGGAGGGUAG